AUGCCAAUUCGUUUAGAUCUUUCUCCAAAAGCACUGUUAAAAAAAUUCUUGAAUAAUCAACUUCGUGUCUAUUCUGUCUUUUAUCUUUGUGGUAUUGGUGCAUUCAUCUAUUUAACAUGUCCAUUUGUUCAUCAUCGUACAUAUUUAUCUGAAAAUGCUCUUUCACCAGGACUCGUCUCAUCUGAUAUCUCAAUGUCUGAACAAACACGUCAACUCAACAUACUAUUACGUCAAACAUUUAAAAAUAAUAAAGAAAAUAUUCAAGAUAUUUUGUGCAAACUAUUGCGAGAUAAUGGAAUUGAAGCUUAUAAACAACGAUUUUCGUACAAUUUAUCAGAAAAUUCAUCUUUAAAUGUUUAUGGAAUUGUACGAGCGCCAAGAACAGCAUCAACAGAAGCUAUUCUGUUGGUUGCACAAUUAUAUGUUCAUACACAGGAUAAAAAACAAUUAAAACCAAAUAUAUUAGGUUUAUCUCAGACAUUAACGAUGGUAUUUGCAUUACGUCGUAAGCCAUACAUGUCAAAGGAUAUUAUCGUCUUAUUUUCCAGUGAACAAGAAUUGGGUGCUAAAGCGUGGCUAAAAUCGUAUUAUCAUGCUUAUGAUGAAGAUUCGCUUAUUAAAGCUGAUUCUCUGCCUGCACAUGCCGGUUCAAUUCAAGCUGGUUUAAGUUUAGAAUUUCCAUCAGAUAAAUUUUAUUCAAUUGAUUUACGUUUCAACGGUCUCAAUGGUCAAUUAGCAAAUUUAGAUUUAAUCAAUACUCUCAUUCAAUUAUGUGAUAAACAAUCGAUACCAGUUACAUUCAACUAUGUCUAUGUUGAUUUAUCAACAAAUGAAGAUGCUAUAAAUUAUUUAUUAAAAUCAGCGAAAACGUUGCUAUUAAAUCUAUUAACCUUAUCAACAGGUGUUUCUGAUGGUUUACAUGGACAAUUUCUUCAUUAUAGAGUUGAAAUGGUGACAUUAUUUGGAAGUUUAAAUAAACAACAUACAUAUCAACAUAGUCCAAUUACGAUACGUGCAAUUGAAAAUGUUCUAGAAGGAUAUAUUCGUAGUAUUAAUAAUCUUCUUGAACGUUUUCAUCAAUCCUUUUUUUUCUAUUAUUUAAUUAAUCGUCGUAAUUUUGUUUCUAUUUCUGCAUAUAUUAUUCCAUUAGGUAUUAUAUGUGCACCACUCUUAUUACGUGCACUUGUUCUCUAUAUGACAAAGUUUUUUCAAAAUGAUGAUCGAAUAAUAAAAACAUUAGGACGAAAAAUGAAAUUUCCUAUUAGUUAUGAAUUUAUGUUAAAAGAAUUUUUAACAUGUUCAGUAACAAGUUUCGUAUUUUACACGAUAUUUAAUUAUUUUUAUUCAAAUCAACUUUUAUCAAUAUUUCUAUUGAUCUUCACAGCCAUUUUUUGUCUUAAUCCAGUCUAUUAUCGACUAAAAGCAAUAAAAACUGUUUCGUCCGAUAUUGAUGAAUAUAAUUUUGAUUUUUAUCAAUUUUUAUUAUUAAUUUAUGGUGCAGCUCUGUUAGCUUGUUUAUCAUUGUUAAAUCAUUCAUUAGCAUUUCUAUGUUCAUUAUAUUUAUUGCCACUUUAUGCUCUUGCAGGAAUUUCAAAAUUUACUCGAGAAUUUUUCUUUGUUAAAUAUGUUACACGAUUUUGUUUUGUUGUGAUAUUUAAUCCCAUAUUAAUAUUAUUCAUCUACUAUUUACUUACAGUAACAUUGAUAAAUGGAUGGUCGAUUAAGAAUGUGGCGCAAUUUCUGACUGAUAUGAGACAAUUUUUUACGUAUUAUCGACAUUUUUUUCAUAUAUGGACAUAUGAUGUUGUAUGUUUAGGAUUACUACCACUGUGGUUGGCUUUAUACAGAAGUACGUACUGGAAAUGGAGACCAAUUAGUUCUGUGGAGAAGCAGGAGCAACAACAACAACAACCACCACAAGUAUUAUUUCCAAACAAAGAGCAACAACAAACGAUUGAGGACGAAGGAUUACAUUUAGAUGAAAUAGAAGAGAACGUAAAUAAAUAA